AGCUCGCUCGCCCCUUCAAGUUCCCUCAUAAGCCAACUUUCCAAAAUCCUGCUCGCAAAUGUCUAUGAACCGCCUCAAAGAUACCCUCCGUUCUUGCUCUCAUUCCACCUCCACCUCCACCUCCACCUCCACCUUCGGUGACUUCAUCACUGGAGACUCGGAAAUCGCUACCACCUCUGGUCUGCUUCCCGCUAUUUCUCUAUUCUCCUCGACUGAUAACCUUACGUUAAGGAAGCCCCCUAAGUCCUCCCUUUCGCAGCAGUUACAGCGACUCGAUUUUGCCUUUUUCCCUCCCGAAGAAAACCCCUCGUUCAAACCGCCUCGAAGAAAAUUUGAAGGCGGCGUCCGUCGUGGAGAUCGAGGAGGAGGCGGGGAAGAAGAGGUAGAGGAACGAGAUGGGGAGGAGACUGUGAUAAUUGGUCGUGACGCUGCUGUUUCAAAGCGUUUAGAUUUAGGUGAUAAAGGUCCAUUCGAGCCGCUGAUCCUCUCGUCUCCCGGGGAAUCUCCUGUUGUUCAGGUUCCUGCAUCAAUUAAUUGUAGGCUCCUUGAACAUCAAAGGGAGGGUGUGAAGUUUUUGUAUGGUUUGUACAAGAACAACCAUGGAGGUGUUCUCGGAGAUGAUAUGGGGCUUGGGAAAACAAUUCAGACCAUUGCAUUUUUGUCUGCGGUGCUCAGAAAAGAUCUCGAAAAUUCAGACUGUCAUGUGGAUGGCAAGAAGGGCUCUGUGUUGAUUCUCUGUCCUACUUCUGUUCUCCGCAACUGGGAAAAUGAGUUCUCUGAAUGGGGGACCUUUAGUGUUGCUAUUUAUCAUGGACCAAAUCGUGAUUUAAUUCUUGAAAAACUAGCUGUUCAUACUGUAGAGAUAGUUAUAACUAGUUUUGACACAUUUAGAAAUCACGAUCAAAUUCUAACUAGGAUCCUGUGGGACAUAGUUGUUGUUGAUGAAGCACAUCGUUUGAAGAAUGAAAAGUCUCAGUUUUAUAAAUCAUGCUUAGGAAUUAGAACUACCAGGCGAUAUGGUCUUACUGGAACUAUUAUGCAGAACAAGAUUCUUGAGUUAUUCAAUCUAUUUGAUUGGUUUUCGCCUGGGUCUCUGGGAACCAGAGAACACUUCCGAGAGUUCUAUGAUGAGCCUUUAAAACAUGGACAAAGGUUAAGUGCUCCUGAAAGAUUCAUUCAAAUUGCUAAUAAGCGCAAGCAACACCUUGUUACAGUACUGCACAAGUACCUUCUCAGAAGGACUAAGGAAGAGACCAUUGGGCAUCUUAUGCUGGGGAAGCAAGACAAUGUUGUUUUCUGUGCUAUGAGUGAUUUGCAAAAGCGAGUUUACAAAAGGAUGUUGGAGCUGCCUGAGAUCCAAUGCCUUGUAAAUAAGGAUCUCCCUUGCAGUUGUGGGAGCCCAUUGACUCAAGUUGAAUGUUGCAAGAGAAUUGUUCCCAACGGUAUAAUUUGGUCCUAUCUUCAUAGGGACAAUCCUGAUGGUUGUGAAUCAUGCCCUUUUUGCCUUGUUCUUCCUUGCCUAAUUAAACUGCAGCAGAUAAGUAAUCACCUUGAGUUAAUAAAGCCUAACACUAAGGAUGAAGUAGAGAAACAGAAGAAGGAUGCUGAACUAGCCUCUGCUGUUUUUGGUACUGAUAUUGACUUGGUUGGAGGCAAUGCUCAGAAUGAAAGUUUCAUGGGACUUAGUGAUGCGGAACAUUGUGGAAAAAUGAGAGCACUGGAGAAGCUCAUGUUUCAUUGGCUUAGACAUGGCGACAAGAUUCUUCUUUUCAGCUACUCUGUCAGGAUGCUUGACAUUCUUGAGAAGUUCCUUAUAAGGAAAGGUUAUUGCUUCUCAAGAUUAGAUGGUUCAACCCCAAUGAGCUUGCGACAAUCAUUAGUUGAUAAUUUUAACAUGAGUCCAAGCAAACAGGUGUUCCUUAUAUCCACCCGAGCAGGUGGUUUAGGUCUCAAUCUUGUUAGUGCAAAUAGAGUUGUGAUUUUUGAUCCAAAUUGGAAUCCUGCACAAGACUUACAGGCUCAAGAUAGGUCUUUCCGUUAUGGACAGAAGAGGCAUGUUGUUGUAUUCCGCCUUCUUGCAGCUGGUUCCCUUGAAGAACUUGUGUACUCUAGGCAGAUUUAUAAGCAACAACUUUCAAAUAUUGCUGUUUCAGGAAAGGUGGAAAAACGUUAUUUCGAAGGUGUUCAGGACUGCAAAGAAUUCAAAGGUGAACUCUUUGGAAUCUGCAACCUAUUUCGUGACCUAUCUGAUAAGCUUUUUACAAGCGAGAUCAUCGAAAUGCAUACAAAACAUGGAAAACAAUAUGAUCCCUCAGGUGGCUCAGAGGAUGUUUUGAAAAAUGAGGGGAAGCUGGUAACAAAAACCUCAUUACUAAAUCUGGAUGUUGAUGACGCAUCUUUGAGUAAUAAAGGAAAUCAUGAUUCAUGCUCAGACAAAUAUCCAGAAGGCUUUACUACCGCUGAAAAUAAACAAUCGCUUAAUGAUUUGGGUAUACUUUAUGCUCAUCGAAAUGAAGAUAUUGUCAACAUGGGACCUAGAUACAAAGUUCAACCAGCUUCAAUUACAGAAGAAGAAAAAAACAAUUCUAAGGUAUUGUGUAAACCCGAUAGUGUAGUGAAAUCCCAUACAAGAGAACAGAAAAGAAACGAGUUCAAGAAAAUUGCUCAGUACAGAGGCAUGGAGCUCUUAGAGUUCAGCAACUGGAUAUUAUCUGCAUCUCCUACUGAGCUGAAACAACUGCUCAAGGAUUACCAGAAGAAAAAAAGGAAGCGGCAGUUGGUAAAUUAAGGAUUCUUUUGGGAAGGCUUUUUUAUUGCUUUUUAAAGUAAUUUUUAGUAUAAAAAUUAAAGAUUUUAUACUAAAAAGUUGCUUUAAGAAUUAGUAAGAAAACCGUCCCAAACAAUGACUAAGAUUUUGUUU